AGUGCACUUGCAGUUCGUACCUUCAUCGUUGAUUUCUACGUGUGUGAGCCAAAUAACUGAGGUUUUGUUCCCAUCUCUCUUCCCCUCCCCACGAAGGCUUCCCAACACUACUAUCUACCACUAGCAUCUAAAUUUUCCCUUGUUACAACUUAGCAAUGGAACCUUCAUCUAGGAAUACCAAAGCACGUUUUGAGUACCUGAAAUGGUCUCCUCUCUACGAGAAAGAACGUCCGUUUCAGACCUUCCUUGCGAUUCCCGACACCGCCCCAGACCAGCGCAGGCACAACCUUGUCUUUGAAAAGGGCGAAGAGCAGGUAAUCUUCGAUCUCCGUGGGCAGGAGCAGAACUUCAGUCUAGAUAUACACGGUUUUAUAACCGCAAAACAUCACUCUGUUCUAAGUCCUGCACAGUUCAAGGACAGCGCAAACAUUGAGCAGGUCUACCUCCCUGAGUGCGUUGACCUGGUAAAGAAACUUGUCGAUGGAGCAGACGAAGUGUUCAUAUUUGACUGGAGAACGAGGCAGAUGGACAUGGACGAGAAGCCGGGUCGUUUGAUUGAUUACACCGAUGCUCUGCGUCGCGUUGGUCCUACAGCACGAGUCCACGUUGAUCAAUCUCCUCUCGGUGCAGAACGCAGAGUUCAACUUCAUUUCCCGCACAGGGUAGAUGAGCUUUUGCGAGGUCGCGUCCGAAUCAUUAACUUAUGGCGCCCACUCAACGGCCCUAUCGACGAUUGCCCUUUAGCCGUCUGUGAUGGAAGAACGGUGAAGGAGUCAGAUCUUAUUGAAACUGAUCACAUCAAACCCCAGUUCACAGCUUGCACACAACAUCUUCUAUACAAUCCGGAGAUGCGGUGGUACUAUAUUAGUGACCAAAAGAAUGAUGAAGUUCUGAUUUUCAAGAACUAUGACACCGAGUCGGGUGUCACCAGAUGUAAGCCUCGUUUUAUUUUGCUGUAUAGCCUCAUGUGGAUUGCUGAUACUCUACUAGGCGCUCCUCAUUCGGCAUUCACCCCCGUUGACUACCCUGGAGGUCCUUUUAGAAGGCAGAGCGUGGAAGUUAGAGCCCUUGUGUUUACAAAGCAGCCUAUCCACUAACCUGAGCAAUGCGGAUAACCAUAAUAUGUAGUUAAGGAUGUCGCCGUUGUUAGCUAGGCCAAUUUUCAAUAGUAUCGAAAGCCUUAAAUUACAAGUAUUGGCUAGUGGUAAAUUUUAAAGCAAAUAAAUACCACUAACCUAGUCGGGCCUGUGU